AUGGAUGUAAUUCAGCCAACUUCCAAUCCUGCAAUCGACUAUCCAAAAUGGGCGUCCGAUUGUUCAACGUGCAAAGCCAUUUGGUACCAACUUACACAUCCUGACACCGCAUCAGAAGUCAAUCUUGGAUUCUACGAAGAAGCCCUUUCAACUACCUGCCAGAAUCAUAUAGUCCUUGUGGAAAGGUUUAUUGCUUCUAUCCGAUCUAAAGGCAUCGAUGAAGAACGUUACAACAUUGGUGAUCUUGGAUUCUACAAAAGGGGCGGGUUCCAUAGGGGCGUAUCACUUCUUGCCUCCAUAUCGAAAUCUGGCCAAGGGUGGAAGUUGCUGUUGUUGAACAAACCCGACGUUCCCAACCAUCCUGGUAACGGACGCAUACUGGACCCUGACUGGGCUGAUGUCGAAGCUGUUAAAGGGUGGAAACACAAGUGUCUUUCUUCUCACGGCUCGAAAUGUCAAAAUCUUCUCAAAGUUUCGUCUGCUCGACCUGCUUGGUUGGUGGAUGUGCAGAAUCAAUGCAUUGUCUCUGGUGAUGAAUCAAGCAGCUAUGUGGCGCUAAGUUACACCUACAGUAGCCAUACUCACCCAAAGAUUGCCGCGGAGGACUAUGCAAUGCUACAAGAACCCUUUGCCCUGGCAAACACAACUUUCUCAGCUUAUAUCUCGCCAAUUAUUCGCCACGCUAUGUAUCUGACCUCAACAAUCGAUGAGCGGUACUUGUGGGCUGAUGCACUCUGUGUUACUCAUCACGACCCCGAGGCUGCAUCUGAACAGCUAGCAACAAUGGGAACCAUCUAUGCGAAUGCUGUUGUGACUAUUAUCGCUGUAGAUGGUGAUUCACAGUCAGGUAUACCUGGGCUCAGGGGUAUUUCCAACCCUCGAGGGAUUCAGCAAGAGAUCAUCCCAUUCGGAGAUGAGACAAUCCUUGUUCGAAAUACGGAUAUUAACAGUAUGGGCCGAGUUGGAUCCAAUUACAAUCAUAAUAGAGGUUGGACAUUUCAAGAAUAUUCAUUUUCGGGCAGAAAGAUCGUACUGCUCGAUCGCGAGCUGCACUGGAUGUGUGCAUGCACUACCUGGCAUGAGGAGGUCACUCUGUUUACUGAAAUUGAUCAUAUUUUCAGAUACCAAUUCGACCUCCUGACGGCUGGGUUCCCAGCUGACUUUUGUCUUACGCAACAUGCCAUGGCUUACAACCAACGAGCCUUAACCUUCCAAGAAGAUGCCCUACCCGCCAUUUCAGGUCUACUAUCAGUUCUCAGUCGAUCCUUCGAGGGAGGGUUCCUGUACGGAAUACCAGAAAUGUUCUUUGAGCAUAGCCUGGGCUGGUGGGGCAUGGAUAUGGUGCGUCGGGUUUCCUCAGACAGACCUACUGAGAAGCAAUUCGCAUUCUCUGGUUUACCUUCGUGGUCCUGGCUGGGCUGGCAAGGUGGAGAGGUCAUAGCUGAGGAAUGGGAGAAGUUGGACCUGAAGAAGAUUUCGCUCGUUCUUGGGUAA